AUGGAAAUUGUCACUGCUACUGGUCAGCGGAUAGUUGCAUCUUCGCAAGAGCACAGACAUCUCUUCUGGGUAUUGAGAGGAGCUGGGCAAGUGGGAUAUGGCGUGGUUACGAAGCUACAAGUCAAAUUACAUACCUUGCAAGAACAAUACGUGGGAGGUGAGGGACCUUUUUACUUAGAAGCAUUUUUGGGAUCGAUUAAAAAAAUCAUUUGAAACUUGUAACUUGACGUUGGACUCUUGCCUUAUUGUUAUGAAUAUUGAACUCUGUUGGACGAUUCAAGCCUGAUUUCUAUUAUGUUCGCUACAAUCGCUUAAGACUCGCUCUGGAGUAUAUAACCGAAAUUAGAGGACAUCUGGAAAACAAGGCUUUAAAACUGACCUUUGAAAAUAAAGCCCGUCUCCGGAACGUUAUCGCUGCUAUGGCUGAACUUAUUUUCAGGCAUCCUAGCGGUCACAUAAAACCAGGAUUUAUUGACAUAUUUCGUGCGAAAGCUUCUGAACAGAAGGUCGAUCAGGUUUACGCUCAUACUGUAACAGUUUUUAAAAUUGAAUUGAUUGCUAUAUGAAGGAAAUGUGAUAUAGGUGCAGUAGUUUAUAUGUUGACUGUUAAAGUGUUAUUUAGGUAAACUGCAUACGAAGAGGAGGCCCACUAGGCGGGAGUUUAGUUCUGGUUCCUGUAACAUAGCAUCUACGAGUAUUCUUUGCCGUGUUUCCCUCUGAAACUGAGAGAUGCUGGCAGUAUGUCUCCGGUCUCCAUUUAAUGUACACAUAGGUAAAAAGAGACAAUUAGUGGAGCCAUAUCUAAUCGGUGACAUUUCCUGUCCAGUAUGUUGCCCAGUAUCCGGACGGUAUCAGUAUCCGGACACUUGAAACAAAAACUCAAUUUUUGAGGCGCCCUUUUCAGUUCUCGAUAAACGAAGUAUUUCGAAUGAAAGCUGAACAUUUCAGCUUUAAGAUGAAAGUUUUGGCGAUUUGAAAGCUUGCGAAACAGUCGCAGAAGACGCCGUUCUGUUCAGGUGAGCAAACUUUUCAUGGCUAAUAUUUACGCUGUUUACUGCGCAGUAAAAUUAGUGCUGCUCAGAAAAGGGAGGGUAAUGUGUGAUAUUUUCAAAGAAACUGUUUUAUUUUUAAAGUGAAGAUUCUUAAGGAAGUCAGGUUUUCAGAAAGUUUAUUAAUUCUUCUUGAAAUUCGAUUUGUUUGGAAUAACGGAGGCCAGAAACAUUCACUAAGUUUUGAUGUCAUGUGCCCAGUAUCCGGACAGUUUUUUCUUUGCUGAACAGAAUCGAUGAAUUAGCUGUGUACAUUAUCCAGUUAAGAUUUAUUUCAUAUCAGUAACUAUAAUUAAAGCUUAGGAUAUAUGAUAUAGUCGUAAAAUGUAAUUCUACUCAACUCCGUAUGGAAAUUUUCUUCACUCAUUCACAGGCGACUUGAUUUCGUGUGCACGGCUUGUUUCGCGUGACUGCAUUUUCUAUAUAUAACUGAAAGCGUCUGAGUUGAACCUGGAAUUCUCGUACUUUCCCCAGUUGUGACUGCUAGAAUGGGGUUGCAACGGUCUGAAAAAUGUCACAAAGGGAUUAAGAGAUGUGAAAGAAGGAGGAAUUAGUGCUGGAAAAGCAGGCUUAUUGUGGGGACUAAGCAUGAAGAAAUCAACACUGCAGGUCAGACUGAAUAGGAGAGUGACCUUUGACCGUCGGAUUGAGGUCCCUUCCACAAGCUUUUUUUAACAUAAAAAAUGAGGAAAGAAAGUAGUUUGCAGAUUGGCUAAUUGAGCUUGCAAACUGCCGCUUCGGCAUGUCCACGGAUGCCUUCCUUAAAUCAGUGAAAAAGUUCCUAGACAAGGAAGUAAGAAUCACACAAUUUUUAAGACAGCCGCUCGCGUUCCCCACCAUACCCCUGUGAUUUGUUAUGUUUUAUUUCACGAUGCUAGGUUAUAUUUUUGGAAUCGAUUGCCAGACUACUUUGCAAGUGCAAGAGAAGCUUAUCAGUCGCUUGCCUGUCGAAAUUUAUGUACAAUUACGUUGUUAUUGUUGUGUCCGUAUACUGGGCAACAUAGGAGCUCUGCAAAAGUAUUAAUUUCGCGACGGAAACAAAGGCGAAAAAGUUAAACUGUCUUUCGUCAUAUUAAGGACUAGAUAGAUUUUCUCUGGGCCAAAUUUCAGAGCUCUUGCGAUUAACAAAGGAAAGUUAUUGCAAUCUAAAACUGAAGUGUCCGGAUAUCUUGGUGCAAAGAUUAAGACGUGAAUUCACUUCAACGGCUUAUGCAGUGAAGCUUUUUAACUAAAUAGAACUAAAUGGUAACGGACUUCACGGACAUGAGAUAAGGAGCUGAUGGGUGAUUUCAGAAAAAAAAUAUCCUGUGGACUGAUUUCGAGGGGAAAAAAUUUAUUGCAAGGAAAUACAUGGCGAAAAAAAAUAUCUUUCAUGGCCUAUAAUGCUGAAAAACAAUUCUUACACCGUUGUACUUCAGGAAACAAAUUAUAUCACUACCGGAGGUUUGGGUGGAAAACAUUCUUUCCCGGACCAAAUCACCCAUUCCACCCCCCCUCCCCCUCAAAAGUCAAAUGGUCGGCCCCUAACUGCUACAUGCUGCUCCAAUGACGUAAUUGUCCAGUUUAACUUAUCAUUGCAUUAUAUUGUGUAAAACUUUUGAAAUUUUUAUCUCGUUUAUCAUUUUACAUUUGGGUGACUUCAUAAAUGAUGAUACGUUGUCUUCUUUCUCUUACCAUGCAGGUCAUUCAUGUCAUCAUCAGCCAAUUGGAAGAAGCUCCAGUUUCUUCUAACCCACACACUAUCGGCCUCGAGCUCUUGGGCGGAGUAAUCAACCGUAAGUCACGUGAUUCCUGCGCCUACGUGCACAGAGAUGCACUUUAUUUGUUCAGUGUGCAGGCCGUGUGGACGCCUGAAGACGUUAACUGAAGACGAGGCUAAAGGUAAUGCGCAUGCGUGCAGGCGGUGGGCAGAAGAGACGGCCCGGUCAUUACUGCCUCAAUCACUUAGCUCAUAUCAGAAUUAUGCUGACUGUGGAGAAAAAAAUAGGGCACAACGCCUGGAAAACUAUUUUGGCAAGGCAAAUAUCCAGAGGUUGAAGGAACUGAAAGAGGAGUAUGAUCCGCUUGGCACAUUCACCAGAGAACAUUUCAGACUUUGA